AUGCCUCCCUAUAGAAAACGCCCACGUCUCAAUUUUGAGGAAGAGUUACUAGAGUCUAACAAAACACAGGAAUUGCUAGCUUCAGAAGAUCAUUCAAAUGAAGAAGAGGAUAAAAAUAAGGAGAGCAAAGAGGAAGAUAUAGUAGUAGUAAAAGACGAGAAGGACAUGAUAAUAAUGGUGGAAGAUGAGGAGGAGGUGAUAGUGGUGGAAGAUGAUAAAGAAGAUAAUGUAAUGGUAGCGGAAGAUGAAGAAGAAGUGUUGGAAGUUGAGGGUCAAGACGAGGUGGUAGUUGUGGAAGAUGAGGAUGAUGAUGUGACAUUUGUAGAGAGGAAGGAUAAAGAAGAGAUAGUGGUUGUCGAAGAUGAUGAUGAAGGCUCCAUCCCCUCCACAUUUUCUAUGAUUCAGGGUACUCCAGGUAAAGAAGAAGGACACACUUCCCAUAUGGUGAUAGACAGCAAAUCCUUAUGGGAAAAGUUCCAAAACAAAAAUGUGACUGACUUAGUGAAUUUAAUGAUCCUCAAAUAUAGAAUGAAGGAACCCAUAACAAAAGCAGAAAUGCUCGAAGUUGUCACAGACAAGGACAAGAAACAAUUCCCUAUGAUCUUCAAGGAAGCUUCUAAUUGCUUGGACAUUAUUUUUGGCAUUGAAGUAAAGGAAAAUGAUCUUGUAAGCCACUCUUUUGUCCUCAGAAACUCACUGAACCUCACAUAUGAAGAUGAUAACCAGAGAAAGCCCACAAAUGGCUUCCUGAUACUUAUCCUGGGUGUGGUAUUCAUGGAAGAGAAUUGUGCCUCUGAAGAAAGCAUCUGGAAAUUCCUGAAUAUAAUGGGAGUGUAUGAUGGAGAAGAGCAUUUCAUCUAUGGCGACCCCACAAAGCUCCUGACUGGUACUUUUAUAGAGCAAAAUUACCUGGAGUAUCAUCAGGUACCUAACUGUGAUCCUCCACGCUAUGUGUUCCAGUGGGGACCAAGAGCCUAUGCUGAAACCACCAAGAUGAAAGUUCUGGAAUUCUUGGCCAAAGUCACAGGUAGAGAUCCUAUUUCUUUCUCAUUAUGGUAUGAGGAGGCAUUCAGAGAUGAUGCAGAGCAAAGAUCUAAUAGAAGAGUCUCUAAGAGUAGUGCUACACAGAAGCCCAUUUCACAGAAUGAAUCAGCACUUAUUGCUGCCCAAAGUGAAGAAUCCAUGGCUGAGUCUGUUUCUGAAGAGAACAGGCAUAAUUGA